UCCCUCUCUCUAUCCAUCUCUCUCUCUCCAGCGCAGCGUGUCGCCAGAGUGGAGAGGAAAACGGGGAGGAGUUCUUCCUCUGUGACUGGAAGAGAUGCAUGCUCUCAGCGAGGCACGCAACAGCAGCACAACACAUCUGACAAACUCACACAUACACACACAUGCUCUCUGUCACCAUCUGACACACACACACACAAACACACACACACACACACACACACACACACACACACACACUCGCACAUAUUCUCAGACACAGUAGCACAACUCAACUGAAACACGCACACGUGUGGCCUCUGUCACUAUCUCACACACACACAACUCACACACACACACGCUCUGUCACCAUCUGACACACACUCUACAUCACACGCUAAUUCUCCCGUCACUCUGAUACACACAGCAUCUCACCCUGGCGGAUUUUUAGCCGGUCAGCCUGCCUGUGUUGGACGGUGGCUUCGGACAGCUGUGCAUGACUGUAGCAAAGAUGUCAUGGCGGCCCGUGUACCGGAGCUCUAAGUUCCGGAAUGUGUAUGGCAAAGUUGGCGGCCGAGAGCAGUGUUUCGAUGGGAUCCCCGUCACCAGGAGCGUCCACGACAGUCAUUUCUGUGCCGUCAACGCCAAGUUCCUGGCCGUCGUGACCGAGAGCGCAGGAGGAGGAGCUUUUGUUGUCAUUCCGGUUACCAAGGCAGGGCGGAUAGACCCAAACUACCCCAAAGUCUGUGGCCAUCAGGGCAGUGUUCUGGACAUCAAAUGGAAUCCUUUCAUGGACAACAUUAUAGCCUCAUGCUCAGAGGACUGCUCUGUGGUAUCAGGGUGGUAUCUCUGUAAGUGGGUAGGGUGGUAUCAGGUGGUAUCUCUACUGACCUCACUGUUAUCAAAUUCCUCCCAGGAGGCUGAUUGCAAGAGUCACAGAGUAAACAGGGUGGUGUUUCUUGGCAACAUGAAAAAGUUAGCAACAACAGGCGUCUCGCGAUGGAACAGCAGGCAGGUUGCAUUGUGGGACCAGGAGGACCUGUCCAUGCCCUUGGUGGAGGAGGAGAUUGACGGCCUGUCUGGACUGCUCUUCCCCUUCUACGAUCCCGACACACACAUGCUCUACCUGGCGGGCAAGGGAGAUGGAAACAUCAGGUACUAUGAAGUCAUUCCAGAGAAGCCAUACCUGCAGUUUAUAAUGGAGUUCCACUCACCUGCUCCACAGAAAGGUCUCGGUGUGAUGCCUAAACGUGGACUAGAUGUGGGAGCUUGUGAAGUCUUCCGAUUCUACAAGCUGGUAACACUAAAGGGGCUGGUGGAGACUAUCUCAAUGAUUGUACCACGCAGGUCGGAGGCGUACCAGGAGGACCUUUACCCCAUGACAGCAGGACCAGAACCAGCACUCUCAGCAGACGAGUGGCUAAGAGGGGUCAACCGAGGACCAGUUCUGAUGUCCCUGAAAGCCAGCUACAAGCCACCAGGCCAAAAGGCCACCCGGGCCUCCAGACAGGGGAGGAGGCCGGGGCCCGUGCACAGCAUCGACCUGCUGGAGAACGUCCCGCCAAAGACCCACAGCGAGCUCCUGAGGAUGUUCUUCAGACAGGAGGAUGAGUUGAGGCAGAUGAGAGAGGAUCUGGUGCAGAAGGACCAGAGGAUCCAACAGCUGGAACUGGAGCUGAAGAACCUGAAAAACAACAACUCCUGCUCAUGACCCCUCACCAUCACCCUCCGACCCCCCGACCCCAACCCUCUCAGGAGCCUGACACUCAUAAAGCACUUCAGCAUAGACGCCUCACUGUCGACCCUAACGAGAUCCUAACUGUCGAUCCUAACGCCCCCUCGAACUUAAUCUCCCUCAAACUUCCUAACGAGUUUCACCCCCUCAAAUUUACUCUCCCUUAAAGGAGAAUUCCGGCGAUUUUGCACAUAGAUCUGUUUCUCAAGGUCACAGUUAAAAUUAUGCCCCCAGAGUAUAGCACUGUAGCUGCCUGCUACUAUAGCUGUUGGCUGCAGCAACUCGAGCUAGGUAGCACCGUUUUUGUUGUUUUAUUUUGUAUGGACAGUACUCGGUGACCUCGAGAAACGGUGAUCUAUGUGGGGAAAAAAAUCUGUUUUCCAUUAAACUAAAUAAAAGCUCCUCUCCUCUCAUAAAACUACUCUUGCCCUCUUAAAUUUAACAACUGUACGUCCCCUCACAUUUAUUUUCCUUCAAACUACUCUUUCUCACUCUCUGAUGAGUGAGAUGUCUGAUAAGAGGACAUGGAGACAUUACUCUCAGCUCUCUCAUAGGACAUGGAGACAUUACUCUCAGAAACUGGAGAGAUUACUCUUAGGUCUCAUCGGAGGACAUGGAGACAUUACUCUCAGGUCUGAUGGGACAUAUGAGAUUCGAGGACAUGGAGACAUCACUCUGCCAUGGUGGGUUACUGCUGUCAAUCUCUUGCCCAAAUCUGCCACCUCUUCUGUAGGACAUUUAUGUGACAUUUUUAGCAUGGGGCGAUAUCUGUUCCUUGUAUUUCAGUUAUUCACUCCUUAUUAUGAGCUCAUGUUCAAUGCGGUGUUCCUACAUCCCAAAACAGCAGUAAUCUGUGCAGUGUAGUCCUACACCUUCUCAGCCAUCUACAGGAGGUAGACACCCCACCCCCAAUGCUGACACUGUUAAAUAUAUGUACUGUAAAUACCUUCAAACUCUUGAAAAUAAUCUGUUUGCUUAUAAAUACCGUUUGCUUAUGUUGACUAUAAAA